UAUUCUCUCAAAAAAUAUACUGCUAUUUCCUCGCGCUUGUUCUCUCCAGCGAUAUCGCACAGAAAAUAGCAAACCGCUGAUUAAAGGAUCACACCAAUCUUUCUAAUCAGAUCCAGAAUGGCGGAACCGAAAAGGCUUUGUGAAUACUGCACCGCCAUCAGAUUUGAACAGCUCCGUCUCCCAUCCUCGGAAAAUGUGAAAAGGCUUAACAAAGGACAGUCAAUUCAAGCAAAAUUUUCUUUCAUCGAUUAUAGCAUAAGCGGCGAGAAUCGUCCCCAUUGGAGUCUUGGAACCCAGAGCCGAAUUCAGAGGUCUGCUGCCACUUGCCCGUUCUGCAGGGAAGUCUCUCUCGUUCUCGAAACAUCAGGGGUACGACUUAAAGCGCCUAUGGUUUUUCAAACAGAUCCGGUUUGCGACGUCUACUUCACCAAUGCCGGCUACGUGGAAGCGCCUCCAGACGUGACCUGGAAGCGAUACGAGCCGUUCGAGACAUUGUUACGGAAGUUCGUGCAGAAAGUUUGGUGGAAGCACCGAUACCUAUGGCAUAAGUUGCUACCUAACAAACUCCCACCUUCGCUUAAACCCCGCGGAAUACCUUAUCCGAGAAUUUCCUUGCGAUGGAUGGUACCCGAAGAGCAUCCAAUGCCCUCGCUGAAGCGUUACCGUGAAGGCGUCAUUGAGCUCUUCGAAUGCUUCCAAAUCAUUGAAAUAGGCAUGAACGAACGAGGAGGCUUGUUUAGUGGACGGGAGAGGCCAGCCCUGAUUGACCUGGAAUUGCCACGGCGGUGGCUGCGUAACUGUUUGGAUAACGACAACGACUGUUGUACUCCCAAGCCUCAAGGCGAAGGUGUCGGAACAUCAGUCUUUCGUCUUAUCGACACGAAAACGAAGUCAAUUGUUGAAUUUUAUCAGCACCGUCUCGGAGAUACUCCUUACGUGACGCUCAGCUAUGUUUGGGGCACCACACAACAAGCUAUGCUGAGACAUGAGAAUAUCCGCCAACUAAAGUUGCCCGGUUGUCUUCAAGGGGCCACUGCGCAAACUAUUACAGACGCUACAAGAUUUACGUCCGAUAUGGGAUAUCGAUACCUCUGGGUGGACGCGCUCUGCAUCAUACAAAACGACGAUGCUGAUAAGAUGUCUCAACUCCAGAUCAUGGGUGAUAUCUACAAGAAUGCCGUCUUUACAAUUGUGGCCGCUGCGGGUGAGGAUUCUGACUCAGGGCUUGCGGGUCUUCGUACGCCUCGAACGACAAUCCAACGCAAAGUUCAAGUCAAACCGGCGGGCCCACAAGAAAUGCCCUUGUGGCUUAUCUCAACGGUUAUGCCCCGUACCAUCUCUUCAGAUCGAUCAUAUACGCAUGGCCUUCAUUGGCAAACUCGCGGAUGGACAUUACAAGAAAUAGCUCUGUCGCGGCGCGUAUUCAUUUUCACAGGUGAGCAACUACUCUGGAGUUGCAGACGGUGUCACCGAUGGGAGGAGACCGAUACUGAGACUAAACUUGCCUCCCUGUCGUGGCAUACUAUGGAAGAGGCACACCUAAGACCUAGCGUUUUUUUUAAAUCUACUCUGUGGCCUGAAGAAAACGUGGGCGCAAGCUUGAUAUCUACACUGGACGGGUUGUGGAGGAUGAUUGCCGAUUUCUCCAUCAGGGAUCUCAGUUUAGAUGGUGAUGCUUAUGACGCCUUUUCUGCUAUUCUCCGAGAAUGUACAGGAAUGACCGGUGAGCAGUUUUUGUGGGGCCUGCCUGUCUCCGAAGAGGAAUUCAGUCGUGCUUUAUGCUGGGAAGCGGAUGGUCCUCUCGUGCGAAGAGAAUGUCUCACUACUCUACCGACUACAUCUCUACAAGUUAAGGUCCCGUUCCCAAGCUGGUCAUGGCUCGGUUGGAAAGGUGAAAUAUCGCCACAUUUACCUUCUGUCGGCGGUUUAUUCAAGCUCAAAAUUAGGCCGUAUGUGCUCAGAAAUACGCCUGUGCGGCUGCUGGAAAUAUCUGACAUUCCGGAGGAAAACACGUCAAGGGCCACGCCUUCUUCCACGAACGAUGCACAAAGCGCAUUGCCGCUGCCAACUCAUAGCUAUCCAAGCGUAUAUGAAUCUUUGAACCUCGAGACAAUCUACAAGACUCUCAGUCCGGAUAUUACACCAGAGCGACUUUUUCGUACCCCUGAUGACCAGCUCCUCUUCUUCUGGUGUGAACGCGCGCACCUUUAUUUGGAGGAGCCGGACCACGGCGUCGAUAUAAUUUCCAUAUGGAACGAGAAAGGAUCUUGUGUAGGGCUCACUCUUCAACUCUCGGUUUUAGGUGAUCUGAACGGAAAAUGGGAGAAAAGCGACUUUAGUGCAACGAAACGGAUGAAGGCCGAGGUCAUUGCGAUUGCUUCCGACCAAAUGAAUGGUAGAUCAAAGCGAAAGAAACUGAACGCGAAACUUGUGUUAUUCUUGAUCAAGAGGCGGGAGGGGAUUGCCUAUAGGGUCGCCAUGAUUGACCAUAUUUCCAUGCGAGACUGGCUAGAGUGUAAACGGGAGAAGAUCCUUGUUGCUUUGGGGUAGG